AUGAUAAUAAAGCAUGAGUCGCCAAAUAAUGGCAUUGUAAAAUUCAAUUCUUCGCAAAAUAAAUAUGAUUUUUAUUACCCAUGUGAAAACUAUUCUGUUUGUUCGCCUUAUAAUAUAACCCUUGGACCUGGAUAUUACUAUCUUGAAGCUUAUGGAGCUUCAGGGGGUAAUCAAUAUAACAACGGAAAUACAGCUCGAGGAGGAUUUUGGGGUUACGCUGCAGGUGUUUAUAGAGUAUCUAACCUAAAAACAAUAUAUUUAUAUCUCGGCGGACAUGCGGAUUUAAAUUCUAGUUUGAAUAUAAUAUAUCAGAAUAUUUACAAUGGUGGUGCAUAUGGUGUAAAUAAUAUUGAUAGUCUUGGUGGUGGGGCCACCGAUUUUAGAGAAGUAUCAGGAAAUUGGAGUGAUUAUAAUUCAUUAAAAUCGAGAAUAGUAACGGCGGGUGCAGGUGGUGGUGGUAGAAUAGAAGACAAAAUUUACAAUGGGGGCAGAGGUGGCGGCUUAAAUGGCGAAAGUGGGCAAGGCCAAAUUUGCCCUUCUCAAUAUGGAAUGCAAGAUAGAUGCUCUGCUUCCACUUGUGCCGAUGGUAUUCAUUAUGCUUCUGGAACGUUCGGUCGUGGCGGCUUGGGCGGUUUCGGUGGCCCUGGUGCAGGAUGGUUCGGCGGCGGGGCUGUUGAGAAGGGUGCUGGUGGUGGGGGUAGUGGCCACACACAAAAUGUAAUAAACGAUGGUAGUUUUAAAGUGAAAAAUGAGUUUUCAGAUAAUAUCGGUUAUGGUAGAGCUUCAAUAACAGUAAUAGCGAUGUUUAAAGUGACUCAAGAGAUAAUGCCUUGCUUUAACACGCAGAUAAUUCAACUUUUUGUUACUAUUACUAUAUCAUAA